UGUUAGCUCUUAGCUUUAGCUCACAACUAAAACAACUUCCGUAUACCUGCUUAUAUCACCUACUGAGAAAAUUACUAAUGCUCUAAGAUCUUUGUAACAAUUUUUUAUAAUAAACAGUUCUUUAUUCAUGCCAACUAGCUUCUUCUAUUGAGCUAAAAAUAUACCUGGCCGUAGCUAAUGUUAGCCACCAGUGACAGCUGACAAUUUCUGUUACACUUACUGGCUGGUUGAUUGGAGAUUUUGCAGUCACUGGUUGAAAUUUUAUGACAAGAAGUGCAAAGCAAACACCAUGACAACACUGCUCAGGUGACUUUAUGGUGUUUGUUGAGUAGUUAGUUGUGUAUUUGAAAAGAGCAAGCAGUGCAGAAUCACAGGUAUUGUUGCCUAAAUCUAAAAGCAAAAUAACACACAACUCAUUUUCAGAAUUAUUGCAAAUACAAACACUUGGUCGCACUGAAAUUCUCUGCUGUAUAUAAGGUAACUGGGGUUUACUGUGUGUGAUCUCACUUCUGUGGUCAGAUAAAUCUGUGACAUGAGAAAUUUGAUAUAUGUUUCUUCCAUUUGAGCACAAUAUAAAAAACUGUACAGUAUAUUGUAGAGAGUACUUUAAGAAGCCUCACAAUAUUUCUUUAGGUCUGAUCAGUAUGUGCAUUUUUAUGUUCAUCAAUAAUAGCAAAGAAAUUGCUUCUGUCUUAAGUUUGAAUUGAAAAUGGCAGAGGCAGUCGCAAAUGUGGCCCGGAGGAUUAAUGCAACAGUAGAGGAAGGCAAAGACAGCCUGGACCUAUCAAACUGCCAGCUCAUAUCCUUCCCAGAUGGUGUGUUCAAGGUCCUCAGGACUGUCUUAGAAAACAUCCGCAUUGUCACGUUAGCUGAUAAUAAAAUGAAGGCCAUUUCAGGCAAAUUCUUUUCAACUUUUACCCAGCUCAGAGAACUUGACCUCCAGAGCAACAUUUUCACCAAGCUGCCAGAUGAGGUUGGAGAAGUGGAACAUUUGACUAGCAUCAAUUUAGCUAAUAACAGCUUUUCCAUCUUCCCUGAGAAGCUCACUGAAAUAGCCACACUGGAGAGGAUUGACCUUGAGGGAAACAGCAUCACUGAAUUGCCUUUGGAAAAGUUGUCUGCCAUGCCCACUCUCAAGUGGCUCAACAUAAAGUCCAAUCCUUUGAGCUCCAGCAUUCAGUCUGCUCUCCAAUCCCCUUACAAUUUUGAGAUUUUACUAACAACAGAAUAAUGGAAUAUGUCACAUAUAUUCUUACAGACUCUUUGGUGCGUGCCUUUAACUACUAAAGAUGAAUACAUUUGAGAACCUUAAAGGGGCAGUGUUAUGUAAAAUCAACUUUUUUGAGUUGUACAUUAUGUUAUUCCCUUAUCAAAAACAUAACUGGAAUGUUACUUUGAUUCUUUCAUGCAUGUUGAAGAAACUGUUUAAUCUCCCAUGGCAGCCAUUAUGGGUGUAAAAACAUUUGGUCUCACCAAGCUUCCUUUUCCAUGGAUCUCCUCCUCAGAGCAGUGGUUUCCAAGUCGGGCUUCCACCCCACAGAGUGCCGCCGCUCUGCUCCUCUAGACUAGCAGCAGCAGCAGAAAUUAGCAAACCCUUGUUGGAACUGUGCAUCUGCUGAGCUUAUCAUACAAGCUACUUCUCAGUGAAAUGCUGGUAAAAGCCUUCAUAAAGGCUUAAUGGAGGAAUGUAUGAUGGUAGAAUGCCGGAAAGAGCAGGAGCUUCUUAAAGAGACAGAGGCCAAUUUCAAGAUGUUAAAUUCCAAAGUCAAAUUUCUAAAUUAUGUUUGAUUAAAACAACUGAUGGCAACACAAUUAUUUGAUUGUGCUAUAAAUUAGCACUAUGUCUCUGGAAAAUAGAUAAUACUGCCCCUUUAAAAAGUUUUCAAGAUAGAAUUGUGUUUCACAAGAAAAAGACACACAUCUAUAAAGAUGAGUUUUCAACUCUGCAACCUCUACUUUUGGAGAGUGUAGUUUCUGAACAUACAGGAGGACUUUUUUGGAACUGUACUGUGGACUCCAGAUGCAUUAGCAGAUACACUGCUGCCAAGACCUGCCUAUAUCUGGAACAUAGAAAUGUAAUAAUGUUUACUUUGGGGAGUAUGAGUUGGCCAGAAUCCUAUAAAGGGGGUGCUGUCCAGUGAUUGGGCCAGUUGCUGGAGAUGAUUAUUCUUGGGCCAAGAUUUUCUCGUGAUUCGAUGGUGCUGACUCAGGCUGCAGUUUGUAAUAAAACUUUGCUAUUCAACCAAA